UUGAGAAAAUCUUAUUUUUAUACGCUUCUUCUAAAACAUCCAUCUAUAUGCUUAGUUUUUCGAGUGAUAAGGUGUGUAAUUUUGAAGAAGUGUGUGACAGCUCAUCAAAAUCUGGAGCUGUUGUAAGGUUUGUUUGUCUAUGAUCGCUAUCCACUGGGACAGAACGGUUUAAUGCUACUGUACGCCUUUCCAUGUCGUCGUUCAUGCGUUUAACAGUGUUCAUGGCACCGUUGUGAGGUUGGUAUGUUUGGCCUAGCAACACAUUUUCGUUGGAGAAGGUCUCCCCUUUGGCAGAUUGUUGCCUUGCUCAGCCCAUCUGCCACUGGGAGAGGCUCACAGUGAAGCAGCAUGUCCAGUGGGAAUGAGUCCUGUCUGUUUGAGAACGGAUCCGUCAGCUUCCUCUCCUGCUUGGUUCAUGUGUGGGAGGCAGGGCUCGGGCAGCUCGAAGACUACCUCAGUUUCUUGGAGUAUCUGCUCUGGGUUUUCACACCUCUAGCCAUAGUCUUCAUCCUGCCUUUUCUCAUAGUCAUCCUCCUCUAUCUGUCCAUACUCUUCCUCCAUGUGUACAAACGUAAGAACCAGUUGAGGGAAGCUUAUUCCAAUAACCUGUGGGAUGGUGCGAGAAAAACUCUGGCAACCCUGUGGGAUGGACAUGGAGCUAUUUGGCACGGUUAUGAAAUCCAUGGUUUAGAAAAGAUUCCAGAUGAAGGACCUGCUCUUAUAGUCUACUAUCAUGGAGCUAUUCCUGUAGACUACUAUUAUUUCUUGGCAAGUGUUAUCAUUCAAAAGGGAAGAACUUGUCAUUCGGUGGCUGAUCAUUUUCUGUUCAAGGUCCCAGGGUUUAAGCUCCUCUUAGAGGUGUUCAGUGUGAUCCACGGGCCGCAGGAUGAGUGUGUGAAGGCCCUGCGGAACGGCCACCUCCUGGGCAUCUCUCCUGGAGGAGUUCGGGAGGCCCUGUUCAGCGACGAGACAUACCCUCUGCUCUGGGGCAAACGCAAAGGAUUUGCACAAGUGGCCAUUGACUCUAAAGUGCCAGUUAUACCCAUGUUUACUCAAAACCUGAGGGAGGGAUUUCGCUCUCUUGGAACAUUAAGAUUUUACCGCUGGGUGUAUGAGAGAUUUCGCCUACCGAUAGCACCCAUUUAUGGAGGAUUUCCAGUCAAGUUUCGCACCUACUUGGGUGACCCCAUUCCAUACGACCCCAAACUCAAUGCAGCUGAGUUAGCUGAAAAGGUGCAAGAGGCAGUUCAAGCACUUAUCGACAAACACCAGAAGAUACCUGGAAACAUCCUCCGAGCUCUUCUAGAGCGAUUCCAAAGGGAACGCAAAGAAGAUUAGCACACUUGCCUUUUCUCAGACUGAACAAAUAAAUAUGCUUCAAGCAUAAUUCAACUGAAUACUAGAGAUUUUAUAAUAUUGUUAUAUCAUAAGAUUAGCAACUAUGUUACUGACACUCUAAUGGAAGUAUCAGCAUAUACUGCAGUGUUGCAUAUCAAAUAAUGGUGCGUGUCUUUGUAACAUCUGGUUACGUGUAGUUUUGUGCAUUUCAAAGAGUGUGUGUUUGUUUUUUUAAUUUACAACUUAUUUGCACACUUUGAUUUUAUUCAAAGGACCACUGCCAAAAUAGUUUCCACAAAGCCUUUGGUUAGUUUUUCUUUCUUUCUUUCCUUUUAAAAAUAUAACAUUCUGUCCUGGAAAUCGAAAAUAUUUAUCUACCUGAAGGAAUAUUGUGCAUACUGUGAUUUUUGGGAUUUUGUAA